AUGGUGCAAUCAAUCAAAAGUAAUGACACCGAUUUGAGGAACCAGAAUGUGACUUUUAAUCAGAUCCAAACAACAAAUGGAUUGUCCUUUGAGAUUUAUUCUGACAGAAACAGCCAACGCACCUUGACUUUUGAAAGAAAUACAGGGAUAAAACAUAUGGCUUUAAGAAAUUUAGAUUUAAAAAAUAGAAAGAGUGGUGCCUUUAAUUGUAGAGUUGUCAGCGACACUGUUUUGUUUAAACGGAGUGUUUCAAGUGACAAUGAGAAAUACAAUACGAGUAUAAGAACACAAGGGAAAGAGAUGACAGCCAAAAAAGUAAGUGCGUUGAAUAAACUAGAGGACUUUAAACAGUUGCCUAUUGCACGACCAACAUGUUUACAUUCAAAUCUUCGUCCCCCACUAGCCAUUAUCUCAACUACGCUUCCGUCUGUAUGUGUUAAAAAUCCAACUACGGCAAAUCUAUUAAUUCUCCCAAAUACCCAAGAAGUUCUGGAAGCUAAUAAAGAGAAUAUUGAGCCCACUACAGAUUUUGCUAUUAAUUCGGAAAAAAAGGUCUUCUCCUGUGAAGGUGAAGAUCAAACAAUGCUUUUUGCACCAUCUCAUUAUUGGAACCUUAUUUUCUCCUUUGGGAAAGCUCCAGGACAGACCUCUAAUCCUCCAGUAUUGCCUCUCGAACUCUUCCACAUGCUCCUCUAUGAUUACGAACACCUCUGGGAACACAUUGACUCUCUUCCCAUCUCCUUCACCUAA